AUGACUGAAAUAAACUUUUGCCCUGAAUGUAAUAACAUUUUGUAUGCAAAGGCGGAUAUUCUUAAGAGGCAGUUAAGGUACUUUUGUAGGCAAUGUGACUUUUCGAGGAUUUCCGACUCCAAAAGCUCCGAGGAUAACUGUAUAUAUCGCACCGACUAUAAUAUCGCCGGAAAGGAGAAUAUAUUUGUAUCACCGAUGGUGGUUAAGGAUCCCACAUUGGGUAGAACUACACGUUGGAGGUGUUUAAAGUGCGGCCACCAGAAGGCCGUUUUCUUCCAGCUUCCAGAGAGAGUUACUGACGAUGCCAUGAUGCUCGUGUUUGUCUGCUGUAACCCAGGAUGCGGAUACUACUCAAACCAGCUCCACGACGACGGGAAGGUUGAACUGGCCAAAGAAUUUAGUAACUUCGACAAGAGCAAGUUCCAGUUCAUUGAACAGGAUAUGGAAAAAUACACUAGAACUCUCGAUGAUUUCAAUCAAAAUGAUAUGGAAUCCAUCUUAUAA